GAGGAUGUAGCCCUUUCUUCCCUCCCCCUCUUUCCAGAACAUUAUCUCUGUUCUCUCUUUGUCCCGUCUGUCUUUGGCUUGUCCAAAAUGUUCCAGCACUGUUAUUUCGGCUUAUCCACCUCCACCAGGCUCUCCCUGCAGGAACAAUGAAACGCUGAGCUCCAACAUUGUUCCAGCACUAGUUGAAAUCCAUGGUCAUAUGGAGCAAAGGGGAAAAGCACAUCAACAGUUAAGGAUAGUUAAGGAAGUGAUGAGAUGAGCGGAAACGACAAACAACAACGAGAUUACUGGGAGCCGAGGCUGGCGAGGCUGGAGCAGUCGGGUUACAUCAAUGCCUGGAUCGGCACAAACAACAUGUCGUGGCUACAAGUCGACCUCCUCCGGCCCACCCUGUUGCACGGUUUGCAGACGCAGGGCGUCAGGUCCAAGCUGAGGGACAACUACAUCACGUUCUUCCACAUCUCCUACAGCCUGGACCAAGACACCUGGACCACUUACAGAGGAAACAGAACCAAGCAGAAAGGAGUCUUUUAUGGCUACAUGGACAGCUCCAAGGUGAAAAACAACCUCUUCUCUCUACCAUUUGUGGCUCGCUACAUCAGGAUUCUCCCCCGAGACUUUGUGCAAAGGCCGGCUCUCCGUCUGGAGCUGCUGGGAUGCGACCUCAACAGUGAGUUACUCCGGCAGCAGCAGAAUUUGUAG